AAUAACUGGAGAUCUUGUGAGAACCGUCUUGGUCAAAUGCAGAUGUCUAAUAGGAGCAGAAGAAGCGGAACGGCAGAUUGACCCCAAAACAAAUAAACACGACCUCUGGGCUCUGUGGAAGCUCUCUCGAAGUCGAUGGAAGUUUCCCAACCAGAAAUUCUCCCAGCUGCCGGGCUCAGAAGGUGGGGGAGGGGCAGCUAGCAAUGCUCCCGGGGGGUUGCAUGCUCAUCCCGAACCCAGGCUAACCCUGAGUGGACUAGCGUCUGGUCCCUUUGGCGAUCUAGUCUUGCCUUUAGCCUUCGUGCUCAACUUCAGUUUGGUCUGGCUCUUGCAGACAUCGUAAUUGUCCUUUCUGCUCCUCUGAAAUCAUGCGUGUCACGGGCCGACUACUCCACUCCUGCAGGAUAACGCUGUUUACCCGAGAGAAUUGCGGGCUAUGCAGCCAGGCAAGAUCAGUGCUAUCCGACGUCUGGGAUAAACGGCCUUUUGCAUUCAAGGAGGUCGACAUCAUCAAGCCGGAAUCCAGGGCGUGGCGAGACCUUUAUGACUUUGAUGUCCCUGUUAUCCAUAUCAGCAAGACCCAGUCACCCGAUGAAGACCCAAAGCUGUCUUCCAAGGCCACGAGAUUGAUGCACCGCUUCACCGUCGAUGAAGUCAUGGCGAAGAUGGACUCAGUUGAGAAGUGACCAGGCUAAUACUGCU